AGCCGCCUCCACUGCGGCCGCCUCCGCUGCGGCCGGAAACAAUAGUGGAGGAGCCCGAGCCGCGCGGAACGGCUGCGGCGGGCACGGAGCCGGACGGGGCACUAUGAACGAAGAGGAGCAGUUUGUAAACAUUGAUUUGAAUGAUGACAACAUUUGCAGUGUUUGUAAACUGGGAACAGACGAGGAAACACUCUCCUUCUGCCACGUUUGUUUUGAGCUAAAUAUUGACGGGGUACCAAAAUCUAAUCUCUUGCACACUAGAUCAUUAAGGGGCCAUAAGGACUGCUUUGAAAAAUUCCAUUUGAUUGCAAACCAGGAUUGUCCUCGAUCUAAGCUUUCAAAAAGUACCUAUGAAGAAGUUAAAACCAUUCUGAGUAAGAAGAUAAACUGGAUUGUACAGUAUGCACAAAAUAAGGAUCUGGAUUCAGAUUCUGAAUGUUCUAAAAAUCCCCAGCAUCACCUGUUUAAUUUCCGGCAUAAACCUGAUAAAAAGUUACUCCCACAGUUUGACUCUCAAGUACCAAAGUAUUCUGCAAAAUGGAUAGACGGAAGUACAGGUGGCCUCUCAAACUGUACACAAAGAAUUCUGGAGCAGAGGGAAAAUACAGACUUUGGGCUUGCUAUGUUACAAGAUUCAGGUGCCACUUUAUGCCAUGAUAGUGUACUGUGGCCUCAUAGUCACAGCCAGGCACAGAAAAAAGAGGAGACAGUCUCUAAUCCAGAGGCUAAUGUCCAGACCCAGCAUGCACAUUACAGCAGAGAGGAAUUGAAUUCGAUGACUCUUGGUGAGGUAAAGCAGCUGACUGCAAAGCUCCGACAGCAGAUACAGGAAGUUUUUGAAGAGUUAACACACCAAGUGCAAGAAAAAGAUUCUUUGGCCUCGCAGCUCCAUGUCCGCCACGUUGCCAUCGAACAGCUUCUCAAGAACUAUUCCAAGUUACCAUGUCUGCAAGUGGGGCGAACAGGAAUGAAGUCACACCUUCCCAUCAACAACUGAACUAAACUUACACUUAGUUCCUAAACCCUUAUGCCCUACCAGUUACUGGUCUGCCAGGCAUGCAGACUUGGAAGAAGAUGAAGAAAGUCUUGGCCCAUUUUUUUACGGUCAUUAAAUUUGCAAAGCUCAAGGCAGUAUUUAACAUCUUGUCAAAUAAAGCAGAUCAUUACACUCUAGUCUUCUAGGGUUAAUCAUUUUGGGAAUCUUUUUUCCCAUAAUUAUUAAAUGGCCCUCCCUGACUUUUACCACACGUGACUACUUAAAUAUACAGUGUGUUUUUAUUAAACAUAUUUUAAUGUAAUUCACCUGUCAAAACAGUAGAAGGUUAAACUCCUUAGAUUAGUCUCAACUACUAAAGAUAACUUUUAAGAGGGAAAUGGAAUUCAUAAUAUCACCUCUUAUUUAUUAUGAGCAAUAUUUUAAUAUGAAAAUUUUAUAUAUAAAAAUGCUAUUUUAGGUACCUUUUCAUUCUCUUUAUAAAUGUAUUGAAUGGCUCUGUAUAUUCAUGUGUGAGUAUGUUCACUCAUAUUUCAGAUCACUGCAUUUUAUUCUCUUAAUACACUGUUUUUACAACUAUUGUUUUCCAAAGAUAAAUGUAUUUUGGAGUAGAAAUCUAUCUAGUUGAAUUGUUUUGACUUCUAAUAACUCUUAAUGAAGGCAGAGUUAAUAACUUUCUAAAGCAAAUAUCCAAGAAAAUAAAAUACGUUAUUUUUUUCUAACAAAAGCAGUUCUCAGUUCAGGAAGAAAAUGCUAAUCUACUUUUUGUAUGUCAGCUUGUCUCCGUAGAAGUAAAGGCCUCUCCUACUUCAUUAUUACCUUCAUUCUAAUGACUUUGGUGUGUUAGAAUUCAGACAGAGUAAGUCAGGCCUCACUUCUAAGUCAAAUGUAAUAUCCAUCUUCAGAUUGAAUGUGCUGUGAAAUUGUUGUCCUGUCUUUGAAAAAAAUGAAAAUUAUUCUACGUGCCACUUUGGAUAAAGGUCCAGGAAGCCUUGAACUGUCCAAAUUCUGUUAUCAGCAUCGUUGAAAGUAGUGCCCAAAGAAAGCAUUGUGAGGUAUUUUUUUAAACUUUAAAGGAAAAGAGAAGAUUGCUUGACACACAAAAACAAAACUCUGAUUCAAAAAACUAAGCCCAUUUUUUUAAAAGAUAUGCUUAUAAGUUGACUUAUGUUUCCAAAGAGUUCUGAACUAAUAGGUUGUCUCAAAGAGCUAGGUGAGUUUUUUAAUAAUGUAUUAUAGUAAAAGCUAUAACCAAUGCAGAGUUAAAAUGGGCUCGAAAUUCUGUUUUCAGUUGGUGCUUAGAAUGUAUUUGUGAGGUAAGAUCUUUUGCUUAGAGAGUUUACAGAAUAGCCCAUUACCUUGGCAGCUUCCUGCAUAAAGAUAGGAAUGACUUCUGCCUUAAAUUUGGCAGCCUGCCCUGGCUGGGGUCAGAUUUUAAUCUUGAACACAAACAGUAUUUGACUAAGCAAAGAAACACCUCAAUCUAAUAGAAAACAACUUUUUGUAAUGCUAAGAUGUGUUAAAUUUGAAUAGUAGUUGAUAUCGAUUUUGUUUUCUUUGAAGUAUGGUGUAACUCCUUUUUGGAGGGAGCUUUUGAAAGAUGCUUUCAAUUACUCUCGAUUCUUUUGAGUCAUCCAAAAUGAAUUUAAAAUCCAGAGAGUGGGGAUGCGUUGCCUUAGUUUUGAGAAGCUUUGAGUCGAAUGUGUGCAAUAUCAAAAUCUCUGUAAAUUUACAAGUUGAAUACAGACAUUUCCUCAUAUGCCAGCAAGUAUCUUAGCGCUUGGUUGUUAUGGUCACAUCUUCAAAUUUGACUUUACUCUUUUUUGGCAUAACUCAUUAAGAACAUUACCAGCCAGUGUGCUUGCACACAUUUGUGCUUCUAUUUAGAUCACUUAGGGACAGUCAUAAAAGUUGGGGAUGUGUUGCAUUUGAUAUCAGUGGAAGCAUAUUUCCAGAAUAUGAGCCAUAUGGUGCAGUCCUGAAGACAACAGUGUUAUCCAAAGAAAGUGUUUGCUUAUUUCUUAAACAGUUUCUGGCAAAUGUGUAGUUUUGCUAAUGAGUUUGGAACUAUUGGGUGGGAUUGAGCAUGUACCAAGGUCUUAACCCAGGAGUCUGAUUUAUUCCAUUUAGAUAUUUCUACUUAAGCUCGUCAAAGGAAGGGUGCUCUUAAAAAAUAUCUGUGGUGCUGGUACUCACUAGUACUCUUAUUUGGAUGAAUAUUCUAGUAAAAAAACUUUUGUUGAAGUAUUUUGCACAACAGUUUAUCCAAAUGUUUGGUAAGCUUAUUAUAUACUCGUAUGUAUUCUUGAUUGAAUAUGCAAUUUAUUGUAUAUGUUAAAAUAAGCAUUAGGGACAGAGUUGAUUCUAACUUGAGAGAACACAAGUAUGGAACACAAGUAUUUAUGAUGAUGCAAAUACCGGUUACCAUACUUGGCUAUUUUUCUCUACAAUUGUUAGUACUUUCUGAGGAAUCUCAGAAGAAAAUCUCAUAUAUAGCUUUAGUUUCAAAAAUGGCAAAAAAGAGACUGCCAAUCAAGCUCUUGCUCACAUUUCCAGAGCUUAUGUGAUUAAGGGGGGUGAAAUAAGACUAAUAUUUUUUCAUGUUAGAUUUCAUAAUUAGACGAGUUGAAUUGAGUUUAAAAAAUCAGCUUCAAGUUGAAAGUGAUUUUGACCACACAAGAUUGUUCUCUUUAAAGAUUAAAGUUUUAAAAUCUGUUCAGCCUUUUAAUUAAGCUAAAAAACAGUUGUUUUUAGGUUAAGAUUAUCAUCCUUUGAUCCUAGUACUUAAUAUCGAAAUUAGACUUUUUUUGAAAAAAAAAUGCACUUAAGACUCCAAUAAUAGAUGAUACAGGCAGCAGAAUAGUGUUUUGUUCCACUUUGUAGUUUUUUAUGCACAAUGUUAGAGCAAAAAAAUGUUCUUAGUUUUUCAAAUUAUAUGUUCAUUUCACCACAAAGUGCCCAUUUUUGUUUACAUUUAAGGAUUAUUUUUAAAAUAAGUUUAUGUUGGAAAGUGAUUUAAGAAAUAGAGUCAAAAUGUAUUUUGUUUUGUUGGCAUCUUGACAAGCAUCUUGAGAUUUCUUGAGAUUUUCAUUUUAACCGUAUUCUUUCUCAUUGAAAAUGAUUUAAAGUGCUUUCUUUCUGUUUGUGUAUUUUUUACCUUGGUGUUUACACUGUUGAGGCUUGUCAGUCAAUUUCUGCCAGUUUUUUUAAAAUAAUUCUUUUGGAUCUAUUUGUGUGUGUUAAUGUUUACCAGUUGGGAUUUUGUUUUUUGUUUUAGAAGAAAUCUUGUGUUAUAAAAUGUUAUAAAAUGUAAUACAAGAUGUGUAUGCUCUAAACUUAAGUAGGAACUUUUUUAAAGAAUAAAUUAUUUAUGUAGCUUAGUAAGAGGUUCAAGCUAGUGACCAUGAAAUUAGGUUACAUGACAUGAAAAUGUACAUGGUACAGUGUAAAGUUCUUGUAGUGUUAUUUUUUCUGAUUUCCUGACGGAUGUUAUGGCUCAUGCUAAAGUAAGACAUUUGAGUAUUUUGAAGUACUUAUUAAAAAGUGUAGUACUCUACAAAAUUUUUUAAAUAUCUUUGUUCAGAUGUGGCUGUAAAGCAAAGAUAAUUGAUAACAUUUCAGUGUUUAAUUGCAUUUUUAACUUUAGGUUGGUGAAAAUAAUUAUUUGAGGAAAUUUGUGGUGAAAAAAUAAGUAGGAGGUAAAACUCCACAGGUUAUUCUUGUCAAGUUACGUUUUGUGGUGGAGGGGUAAGAGAGUCUGUUUACCAGAGGAAGGCUGUAGCGCUGGGUUUGGAGUAAUGAGGUUCUGUCUUGUGUCCCAGUGUUUUCAUUCACUUCAUCCUUUCGCAUUCCCCCUUGUUAAAAUCUAGUCUAACUAGUAAACAACUUGGCCACCUUGCCGGGAACCAUAUCAUAGCAAGUCUAGCGUUAAGAUGUUUUUAGCACCUAGUUUGUAACAUGCUUUCCUUAUUCUUUUCAGUUUGAGUCCACAUGACUAAGGCAUUUUAGUGAUACUGAAUUAGUCCACAAUUUUAAGCUUACCGAAGUCAGACAAAGAAAACAAUCAUGGAGAUGAGCAUUGCCUUCUAACCUCCCUCCGAAAAAGUUGAAUUUCCCUCAUCUGCACAUAAAGCGAAGGGAAGUUUAGUAAAUGUUUCUUCUUUCAAACAUGUAGAAUGUUUAUUUCCAUUCUGCUACCUCCAGAAGAGGCAGUUUAGAAAGUGUUCAAUAGGGCCCUGUUCAAUGCCAUUCCUUCUUUAACAGUUUGUGUGUGGGGGUUAACCUUGCUUUAAAUCCCAGUAGAGUACACUAUGGUCAUUGACCUUAAUCUCUCUUUGGUGUUAGAAAUUUAUUUUACAAAGUUGCGCUAAGACCUUUGGAAAAAUAAAGUGAAACUGCGGUGGUGAAAACGAAGUUGGUUUCAAAAAAGUUUCUUUAGACAUUACUUGGUGUUAUACUUUUCCUUUAAAACUGCAAUAAUUUAUAUAUUUGUAUUGCUCUGCUUUGAAACUGUAACUACAUACGCUUGUCUACUAUUUUUAAUUUUUACAAUAAAAUAAAUAUUUUGUUAUCUGUUA